AUGGUUACUUGCACUGAGCACUUGGAAAAUUUGCAAAACUGGACAUUAGACCAAAGAAUUAAAAUUCGUCUAGAAGAUACCGGUUUUCCACGUUUAAGCGAACUUGCAAAAUGUCAACAUGAUAGCCAGCUUCUGAAAUGUGUGGUAUCCCAUUUCAAUACAGAGACAUGUGGAUUUGAAUUUGGUGGUAUAAAAUUAGUUUUUGGCUUGAAAGAUGUUCUCGAAAUUACAGGCUUGCACAUUACAGGCCAGUCUGUCACUGGGACCGCUGGUGACAUGACUUAUUGGUCCAACCAAUGUUUUGGACAAGAUUUGACCUUUAAAAAACAAAGGGCAAUUCGAGGAGCCAUUAAGCUAUCUGUUCUUAGAGAAAAAUUUAUGGAAGUUCCACCAAGAGCAACUGAAGUUGAACUAGAUCGACAUACUAGAGCAUAUGCUCUUUAUGUUCUAGGUUCGUCCUUAUUCAGUAGUUCUUCUAAGGGGGAUGUUGAUACUCUCCAUCUUCCAUUGCUUUAUCAUGUUGAAAAAAUAAAAGAUUAUGCCUGGGGUGCUGCUGCUCUUGCACACCUAUAUUGUUCUAUGAAAAAAAUUAAAGAAGAGGGUAAAAAGCAUUUGCACGGGAUUGCAUUGUCCCUGCAGGUAAGUUAUUUUAUAUUUCCAUUCUCCAAUUAA